GAAUCCCGAUCCAUGAAUUUUUGAGUGCGUUUUAUCCUAGUGGGAUUAUCACAGCAACAUGGCUUCAUUGGACUUUCCUCCUGUGGUGAUAAAGCUAGAAGAAGAAGAGAUACCCUGGCUGCCAAAUAACCAAGGAUCAGAGGAAAGUGAGACCUUUGCGGGUACCUGCUCAGCAGGAUUUGCUGUUCCCAAAUCUGAGGUGGUCCAUGGGGGAGAUCCAUGGAUUCCAGAGCCUGUUUCAAAGGAAAGGGAGAUCCCAACAGAGUAUGGCUCAGAGCUUCCUGAUGUGAUCGUGAAGCUGGAGGAGGAAGAGGAGCCGUGUGUUCCAUAUCGCCCAGGAUCAGAGGGAAGCAAAAUAUUCCACAGAGCCCACUCAGGAGAUGGCUGUGAAAGAAUCCAUGUGGCAGAAACUCCAUAUUACUCAGGGUUUGGGAAAAGCAUCAGCGUUAACCCGAAUCUUAUCAAACAAGAAACACAGAAUGCAGCAGAGAAGCCGCACAAAUGCUCGCGCUGUGCGAAAAGCUUUAUGAAAAGAUCCAACCUUCGCACCCAUGAGAGGAUCCAUACGGGAGAAAAGCCAUUCCGGUGCUCUGAGUGUGGGAACAGCUUCAGCGACGGGUCCAGCUUGAUUAGGCAUAAGAGGAAACACACCGGGGAGAAACCCUACAGUUGCUCGCAGUGCGGGAAAAGGUUCAACCAGAGUUCCAGCCUCAUCAGGCACGAGAGAAGCCACACAGAACAGCGACCUUACAAAUGCUUGGAGUGUGGCAAAAGGUUCAACCAGAGUUCGACCCUGGUUCGGCACCAGAGAAUCCACCGAGAACAGAGACCUUAUAAAUGCUCUGAGUGUGGCAAAAGGUUCAUUCAGAGCUCCAGUCUCCUUGCGCAUGAGAGAAUCCACUUGGGGCAGAAACCUUACGGUUGCGCUGUCUGCGGGAAGGGCUUUGUUCAGAGAUCGAACCUUCUUAUCCACGAGAUGAAGCACACUGGUCUGAAACCGUUCAAGUGCCCCGACUGCGGGAAAGGGUUCAAUCAGAAUUCCAGCCUCGUCAUACACAGGAGAAUCCACACAGGAGAAAAACCGUACAACUGUUCCCAUUGCGGACGACGGUUCAGCGAUAAAUCAAGUCUUAAUAAACACGAGAGGGCUCACAGAGGAGACAAACCAUACAAGUGCUCGACCUGUGGGAAAAGCUUUGUACGGAGGUCUCAUCUUCUCACCCACGAAAGGAUACACACGGGAGUGAAACCGUUUAAGUGCUCGGACUGCGGGAAAAGCUUCAGUAGCCGAUCGCACCUCAUAAGGCACGAGGGGACCCACACUGGAGAAAAACCCUAUGACUGCUCGUUUUGUGGGAAGAGUUUCAACAGGAAAUCAAACCUGACAAACCAUGAGAGGACCCACACGGGAGAGAAGCCCUUCAAAUGCUCAGACUGUGGCAAGAGUUUUAGUGAUCGGUCGAGCCUGAUCAAGCACGAGAGGAUCCACACGGGUGAGAAGCCGUACAGCUGCUCAGCCUGCGAGAAAAGCUUCAGUGACAAAUCGAGCCUCAUCCGCCACGAAAGGAUCCACACAGAAGAGAAGCCGUAUAAAUGCUCGGACUGCGGGAAGGGGUUCAAUCAGAGUUCCAGCCUCAUUGUGCACGAGAGAACCCAUACCGGGGAAAAGCCGUUUAAAUGUUCGGAUUGCGGGAAAGGCUUCAUUAGAAGGACGAUCCUUAACAAGCACGAAAGAACUCAUAUGGGAGCGAAACCGUAAAGAAUGGAA